AUGCCGGAGAAGGACCUGGGCAACUUGUUCAGAAGAAAAUUGGUGAAAUAUUGUAGGAAAGCAAUCAAGGCAAAGAUAGAGUCUGCUACCCCGAACAACCAGGGCUCGCCUGUCGCUAAGAGGCAGCAGGAACUGCGCAGCCAGCUCGCGGCAAUCCGCCAGCAGCAGCAAGGGUUCAAGGCAUCCCGUACAGCUCUCCAGGAGAAGAUCAAUGCUCUGGAUUCCAGCAUCAAGGCUCGGUUCGCCGAGCAGAAGAACCAGCGCGACAGACUGUCGUUCAAGAGUGUCGAGGAAAUCGAUAGGGAGAUCCAGCGCUUGGAGAAGGAAGUCGACUCUGGGACCAUGAGACUGGUUGACGAGAAAAAGAACCUGGCCGAUAUAUCCAACCUGCGAAAGCAGCGUAAGAACUUUUCCUCCAUGGACGACAGCAAGAAGACCAUCGACGAGAUGAAGGCCCAGCUGAGCACGCUCAAGAAGGGGCUAGACAACCCCGAGGCCAAGGCUCUGAGCGAACAGUACACUGCUCUCCAGAAGGAACUCGACGAUAUCAAGAGCGAGCAGGACGGCGUCUUCAAGAACAUCAAGUCUCUCCGCGACGAACGAACCAAGAUCCACAACGAACAACAACGGGCAUGGAAUAACGUCAAGGAAAUCAAGGACAACUACCACAAGGCCCGACGAGCAAACAGGGAAUAUGAACAGGAGGCCUACCGUAUCCGCAUGGAGCGCCAAAAGGCCGAGCGUGAGGUCUACGAGCGUGAGAAGAAAAAGAAGAUUGCCGACAAGAAGCUCGAGGAAGCCUCCAUGCCCGCAUACACUGACGAACUUCUCACUGCCGAAGGUCUCAUCAGACACUUUGAUCCCACCUUUGAUCUUGCCUCUAUCGGCCUCGGAAAGUCCCAGCUACCUUCCUCCGUCGCCUACCGUGCUCAAAUUGGCCGCACGGUCGAUGACUCCGAUAUCAAGGGCGUCAAAGUCAUCAAGAAGGACGACCGUGACGACAACUACUUUAUGGGUGGCACCGGCGGAAAGAAGGGCAAGAAGGGCAAGAAGGCUGCUGCUGCUGCUCAGCCAGAAGCCAGCAAGUUCAACCUCAGCUUUGGUGUCCUCGAAGACCUGUCCAGAGUCAAGAUAGACCCCCCAAUGAACCAGUCCGAUGUCCCUGCUUUGAUAGACGCGCUGGUUCAGAAGGUUAAGGACUGGAAGACUAACCAGGCCAGUAAGACCGCUGAAAAUAUCAAGAAGGCGCAGGAAGAAAUUGACCGCCUAGAGGAAGAAAGCAAGGCCGCAGAGUCUAAGGCUAGCGGCACCAGCACUCCUCAGGCUGCUCCCCAGGCUGCUGCGGAAACCAACACUGAAGCAAAGGCCGCCGACGAUGCUGAGGCUCCUGCUGAGGCUCAAUAG